AUGUUUAAAAGUCGUUUAUCACAGAUGACCCGGGAGCUACACAACUCUAAUUCUAUCUGUCAAAGUUCGUCAGACUCAGUGAAGUCUACGCGUUCAUUAAUUCACUGUGAAGAAAACAUGGCACUUUUCAGUUGUAUGAGAUUGAGCAGCAGGCCUGUGCUCACUACUUUGAACAGGUUUCCUUCAUUAGUAGGAAGUGUAAAUUACGCUCAAGCUGCUGCAGGUGUACCAAAAAUCGUGUACAAGAAAUUUGAGCCGCCUGUAGAGGAACAUAUUGACAUCAGAAAUGAGAAACUCCAGCGGCCAUUAUCGCCUCAUCUCACCAUCUACUCCAUUCAGUUGACCACUGUGCUGUCCAUUACCCAUAGAACAUCUGGUAUUCUGUUGACUGGAUAUUUCAGUGCCCUCGGCAUUGGAGCCUUGGUGUUGCCACAUGAUAUUUCUCACUAUAUCUCCAUCAUUGAAAGUAUGAACCUGUCGCCGGCAACACUGUUUAUAGUCAAGGCUUGUCUUGCCGCUCCAUUCGGCUACCACUUUGCUAAUGGUAUCAGACAUUUGUACUGGGACACAGCUAAAGGGUUGUCGAUUAAGGAGGUUUACAGCACUGGUUAUACCAUGCUGGCAGUUGCAGCGGUUAUGACAUUGGGUUUAGCUGCUUUAUAA